AUCAGUGCUCUGUGGGUUGUCGAGUGUCUCUUAUUGUGUCUACCAUAGAGUCUCUAGCGCCAUUACGCACCGCUGUACAAAGAACUGCUACUCAGGACACUACUGCGUCGGCUCACAUUCUGACGUCAUCGGGAAGCCAGUUGCUCCGACGUCGUCGGGAAGGAGGAUGCCCCCACGCUGGCCUCCGCUGUGCCUCCAGCUGCUGGUGCUGGUUUCGCUGUCCUCUGCUGGCGCCGCCAUCAGGUGCCCGGAGGCUUGCCGCUGCAUCCAGUCUCGCACGCGCAACGCCGCCGACUGCUCCAGUUCGUCGCUGAGCAGCGCCCCGGCCGGCCUGGACUCCGCCACCACCAUCCUGGACCUGUCCUACAACCGGCUUGCGGCGCUGCGCAACGGCUCCCUCACUCGGGUGGCUUCCAGCCUCCAGAAGCUGGUGCUGCUGGAGAACGUCAUAGCCGAGGUCGAGUCGGGCGCCUUCCAGGGUUUCUCGCAGCUGUGGUGGCUCAGCCUGGAGAACAAUGCCCUGCACAGUCUGCACCCUUACACGUUUUCGGGCGCACCGAAGCUGUGGAAGCUGAUCCUCAGUGGGAACCCUCUGCACCUCCCACUGGAUGGUGGGCCAUUUCUGGUGGCCCCAGAACUGAGGAUUCUGGAACUCAGCCGAUGUGGCAUCUCUACUGUGCCGCCUGCUACCUUCCGGAACCUCACCGGCCUGUGGACACUGCGUCUCAAGGAGAACCGCCUGCGUGCAGUGGACGGCCUGACGGACCUUCAGGAGCUGGAAGUUCUCGAUCUCCACGGGAAUGAGAUCGUCUCCAUCCGACCGGACGCGUUCGUCACUGUGCCCAAGCUGAAGCAGCUGAAUGUGAGCAGCAACCCACUGCUGGUGCUGUCCAGUGGAACAUUUCUGAACGCGGCCCACCUGUCCUUUCUGGAUCUGAGUCAAACUAACGUGACGCGUCUGGGUCCCGAUGUCUUCAGUGGAAUGCCAGCACUCACUGUCCUCAGGAUAAGCAAGACGCCGCUGAGCUGGAUCGACUCACGAGCGUUCUCCAACCUGUCCCAGUUGGAGAGGGCCGCUCUCGACAACAACGCCAUCUCGACGCUGGACGCGAGUACUUUCUCGAGCAACGGCCAGCUGCUCGAGCUGGACUUGAGCGGCAACGGGCUGGAGGUGGAGGCGCAGAGGGUGCUGCUGCGGGCGGCGGCGCUGACGCGGCUGGAGGUGGGCGGCGCGCGCAUGCCCGCGCUGGGGGCCGACACCUUCCGGGGACUCCCCGCGCUCAGCGUGCUGGGCGCGCCCGCCUGCGGGUUGGCCAGCCUCGAGGACGACGCCUUCGCCGCCCUGCCCGACCUGUACGAGCUGCACCUGCAGGACAACCUGCUCACCGCGCUGCCGGACGCCGCCUUCAGCCGCUGCCACCGGCUCGCCGAGGUGAACCUACGUGGCAACAGGCUGCUGCAGCUGUCGUCGUUCCCAGCUGCUCCAGCACUGGAGCGCCUGGACUUGGGACACUGCGGCCUGGAGGGUGAGCUGCCUUCGUUUGGGGCCGCGCCCAGGCUGCGCCGCCUGCUGGUCGACGGCAACCGGCUGACCAGCCUGGACGCUGAAGGCCUGACGGCUGCACUGCCCCAGCUGCGGCGACUGGACGUGCAGAGCAACCCCUGGAGCUGCGACUGCAGGCUCAGGCCUCUGUGGCGCUGGUGCCACGCUGCGGCUGCAGUCAGGAGCCCAGCUGUGCAAGUCUUGGGGAGGCCCGUCGACAUUGGAGAAGACGCAACUCGCUGUCCAGAGGACGUGAUGUGCGGACAAGCACAGCGCGAGCACUGGGACCUGCUGGAGACUCUGCGCUGCCCAGGAGACCCAGAGUCUGGAGAGGCCGUCGCUGAACACGACCCUAACCUGGACGUGGAGAUGAUCAGCAUGUCAGGGCGACAGCGCUCUGCAAGGCGCGCCUGAGCUCCCAAGGGAUGCUGUUUGGGUUUCUGUAAAUGCCAUUUGUGGGAAUCCCAAGUUACACUGUGCAGCUACCCUAUGCUCUGGCUGGCUGUACUGAAAUUGAUGUCAUGCAUAAUGUACCAAGCUAUUGCUCUGAGAAUUACAGAGGAAUGGACAGGGAUUUUAAUCUCUACUCUACAGUUCAGUUCACCGAAGUUCUAAGGGCCAAGAUGAGAGACAGACCAAGCGGUAGUUCUAACGAUGAUUGCCAUAGAUCACGAUCUUCUGGCUUGCUGUGGUCUUGAGGGACGCCCUGUCUGCCCUAAGAACUAGUUAAUCUGAGGUCGAUGGGUAUAAUGCGAUGGGGUGGGUAUAUAAAUCUCCACUCUGUUGGAAGACCCAAGGACUCUGAUGCUCAUAUAACAAAUUUUAUCUCUAGUUAUGUUGAACUUGCUAUGCUGGAACAGGUAUCUCUACCCCUUCGAUGUGUGAUUUCCUCAGGGAAAUGAUGCAUUACAUUCCAAGAAGAGUAUGUCGAGGCGAUGGAAAACUGUGCUGUAUCAGAGUUGCUCCUCCUGUGGGAACAGUGACUCACAUUGAAAGGAAAUCUUUUUAUUGUCGGUCACAUCAGUAACAGAAAAUAAUACCGUUUUAGCCACGAAGAUGGACUGUUGACACGACCGCUCACGAUAAAUGCUUUCUGAUACCUGAAAGAGCGUUGUAAACACCAGUUCGUAAGAAAACUACUUUCAUAUAUGGUAGGAAGCCAAGGUUGAAACUCCUCGACUUAGCAAAGGAAGAAUUUCUUCAUUAUGAAGAAAAUGCUCUUUUCUGUUUAAAUGUAGGCCACUUUUCAAUCAACCCACAUUAUGCGUAAUUUUUCCAGUCAGCAGAUUCCAUUACUGAAAUGCAGUUUUGGAAGGGAUUGCAAAAAAACACUAUGUAUGUACCCUAAUCGCUUCGUUAAAAUAAUACAGACAAAGGUUUUUCUUUUUAUAGAUUUGAUACAGGUGUAAAUGAGGGUAUCAUACAUGUUAGAGUGAAUGUUUCAAAGUUUCAUAAUUCAGGUCACUCAGUUUUCCAACUGCCAAAGAACAAUGCAGGAAAGAAUAUCUGUUGUGGUGAAAGACGAUUUUUUUUUGCAGCCCAGGUCUCCUGUCAUCAUUUUUUCUUACAUUUAAUCUAGGAAACUUAGGUAUUUUGAAACUUGAAAGUUGUCUUUUUAACCUCUACAAGGCUCCCUUUUGAAUUCUAAACCAUAACCUUCCUGACAUCGACUCUGCACUGGGAUUCAUUCACUACUUUGAUUUGUGUUAUGUUUCUUGCUUCAAGUGUUGGACCUCUCUCUACCACAGUAGCAUAUUUGAAUACGAAAUCAGGUGAAAUAUUGUUAACAUUGCUGAGAUAUUCGUUCUUACUUUUGCUUUUGGCUAGCGUUCUAUUGCAUAAUGCAUAAAUCUUUCUCAUAGUUAAUUAUCCAAUUCAAAUGUACUGUACAGUUUUUUCGGAUAUUACUUUGCUGAAAGCUGUGACAAUAGAUUAAUCUCUGCAGCCUGUCUCGUAAUAUUAUUAGUUCACAUGCUUUUAUUGGUCGUAUGAGCACAGGAUUUAUCGUC